AUGUCUCCUCAUUCGUCUCAGAUUUCAUUUUCAAAACAAUUCAUUGAAAAAAUGUCUCAAUCACAUAAAGAAACAAUUGAAAAAUUUACUUCAGCAGUAACUGCUCGUCAUGUAAAUCAUCUUAAUGAAGUUCUUGCAGAAAAUGUUGAAAAAAUUGAAAAUCAUAAAGUUGUUUAUAAUAAUGUAAAAGAAGCUCGAGAAUAUUAUUCAAUGGAACAUGAAGCUCAUUCAUCUGUUAAUUAUAAAAUUCUUAAAUAUGACCAUCAAGAUGAACUUAAUCAUAGAUAA